AUGGCGGGGGCCGGGGACAAGGUGGACUACGUCUUCAAGGUGGUGUUGAUCGGCGACUCGGCGGUGGGCAAGUCGCAGAUCCUCGCCCGCUUCGCCCGCAACGAGUUCAGCCUCGACUCCAAGGCCACCAUCGGCGUCGAGUUCCAGACCCGCACCCUCGUCAUCGACCACAGGAGCGUCAAGGCCCAGAUCUGGGACACCGCCGGUCAGGAGAGGUACAGAGCUGUGACAAGCGCUUAUUACAGAGGUGCACUGGGAGCUUUGCUGGUCUAUGACAUCACUAGACGCCAGAGCUUUGAUCAUAUACCCCGCUGGCUUGAUGAACUCCGAGCCCAUGCUGACAAGAACAUUGUGAUAAUGCUGGUUGGCAACAAGAGUGAUCUCGAGGAGCAGCGAGCCGUGAGCACUGAAGAUGCCAAGGAGUUUGCCGAGAAGGAGAAUCUCUUCUUCCUGGAGACCUCUGCGCUCCAGGCAACAAACGUAGAGAGUGCUUUUCAAACUGUCUUGACAGAGAUCUUCAAAAUUCACAGCAAGAAGAACAUGGUGUCGGAGCCAAAGAGCAAUGGAGCUGCCCCAGCAAUGCCAGGGACGAAGGUCUUUGUCCCAGGUCCGGCCCAGGAAAUCCCAAAGAGCAAGUGCUGCAGUUCCAUGUGA